UCACAACACCUCACGACCUAAACCCAAUCCAACAGUUAUUGCUUUUAUAUUGCCAUCGUACGCUCUGAAACACUGAAAGGUUAGAUUUUUCCGGAACAAUUGUUGAAUGAAGAUUGAAUUUCUCUCCAUCAAAACAGAACUUCUUUCUCUGGAUUCUUCUUCUUCUUUAGGUUAAGGGUUUAUUCUCUGGGUUUACUUCUACCACCACGAAGAAUGGCUUCAUGUAGCUUAGGAGGAGCUUCAACUAUAAAGCUUUCAAACUUUAACUCGGACUUCACAAGAACCAAAGCAUGUAGCUUACAUACACCGUCUGGGAUAAGAAAUUCGAUAGUGCAGAAACCUCUACAAAUUCCAGCUUUGGUGAUGUCGCGGGUGCCUGCAAAGCAUUUCACUUUAAGAUGUGCGCCUUCUGAUGAAACAGAAACUGCUAUUAGUUUAGAGGAUGGUCAAGAAGAAAAACAAUCUACAGCCGCUAAAAGCCAAAUUAUACCAAAUUCAUUUGAGGUGCAAUCAUUGCUCACAGAAAUCUGUGAUACAACUUCUAUUGCAGAAUUUGAAUUGAAACUCGGUGGAUUUCGGCUGUACGUGACCAGGAAUUUAGCCUCCAACAGUCAACCUACGGCUCCUUUGAUUUCAGCUCCCGUAAGUGCAGAUACUUCUGUUAACCCUUCUGAGUUGAAUGGCUCAGCCUCUUCACCUUCUUUAGCUAUUUCGAAAUCAGUAUCUGCCUUGGGAGAAAGUCAGAGUUUGGUUGAUGACGCAACAGAUGAAGGGCUCGUCAUCCUAAGGUCCCCAAAGGUUGGAUAUUUUAGGAGAUCUCGAACCAUAAAAGGGAAACGAGCACCUCCAUCAUGCAAAGAGAAGCAAGUGGUGAAGGAAGGUCAAGUGGUUUGCUACAUCGAACAGCUUGGUGGCGAGAUUCCCGUUGAGAGUGAUGUUUCCGGAGAAGUAGUCAAGCUUCUAAGGGAAGAUGGUGAACCAGUUGGAUACGGUGAUGCUCUAAUCACUAUUCUUCCAUCAUUUCCUGGGAUAAAGAAGCUUCAGUAGUUAUUGAUUCACUCCUCACACUUGCACUUGCAAAAUCCUUAAGUAAUUGAGUAUCAUUAUUAAUACCUGACAUCAUUCAUGAUUUUUUAGCACUAGUGCUAGUGCUUUAAGUUAGUAUUCUUUUUCGAGAAGUACUGAUUGAUUCUAUACAGCGGAUAUGAGUACACUUUUUGUCCUUGAGUAAUCUCAUUUAUGUUUAUAACUGUGCACUAUCUCCUGCGAAGAUACUUUUUGACUUGAUGAAGUCGAAAAGCCAUAAGUUAUUUUGAGAACACAGUUUCAGAAUAAUUCAAGCAAAAUAUUUAUUUC